UAUAGCAACCUCACGACCCCAACCUUCCUCUCCAACAAUAAAUUUGUGCUUUGGUCAUGGCUCAGUCACAGCCGUCUGUGAAGAAGCAACAGGAGCUUCAACUCCAAUAUUCAAAUUACAAGAACACCCUCCAGCAGAUUGCUCAGAAGAUCGGUGACGUAGAGCAAGAGACUGAGGAGCACAAGCUCGUGCUUGAGACGUUAGAGUUGCUUCCACAAAACCGAAAGUGCUUCCGCAUGAUUAAUGGCGUCUUGGUGGAAAGGACGGUGAAGGACGUGGCCCCUGCCUUGAAGACUAAUUCCGAGGGUCUGAAGAAGGUGUUGGAUGAUCUGCUCAAGCAGUACAAGUCCAAGCAAGACGAGAUGGAGAAGUGGAAGAAGAAGAACAAUAUCCAAGUAGUCCAGCAGUAGGCGAGCUCUCAGGGACGCUCACGCUCGCGGGGUUUGAUACAUGCUCUCUGCUUCUCAGCACAUGGAGGCAGAACUGUUUGCAACGAGGCACGGUCAGCUUGACUAAAGGGUUAAAGGCAGCUUGCCCGCCGCCUUCUAGACUCAAAAAGAGGCCUUUCCCCCUGCGAUAGAGCAUUCAAGCGAGAUGUGGUGAGUGAGAGUGCCUAGCAACAAGGUUACUUGCCCUCCCAUGCCGUUGCAAUGCUCAUAUUCGUACGUAGAUGGACUAGGCCAAACAUCACAAUAUCAGGAAGCGUUCAAGCUAUCUGUAUCGGUGCUUUGCCUCGCUGGAUCAUCACGAGAGUUUCAAUGCCAAAAGCAGUUCGAAAAGAAGUAAAGACAAUAGUUCUAUAUAGUGUGAAUGCUUUUUCAGCUCAACACCAUAUUCAUAUAUCGUGCAACGCAACGGAGAGCUAACAGACCGAAUCUGGUCCCACAAUACCCAAAUG